AUGAUCAGCACAAGAAAGGAAACAAUGAAGUCCAUGGAAUGCUUGGAAGUGGGCAAAUGCGUCUCGAUCGAACUUUUGUAUACAUUCGAGAACACAAAAAGUGAAAGUCCAAAGACAAGAUAUGAACGUCUUUCUAAAAUUAAUUUGGGACUUGAGACAGAUAGCCGACGUGGCACUGGUCUGGAGGUGACCUUCAUCAGAUCAUUUCCAUUCCUACAGUCGUCGAAAGCGGAGGGGGCACUUACAGUCGGUGAGACUGCAAGAAUGCUUAAGGUUCCCGCCGCACUACUUGGAGCGGAGCAGCCUCGCAAUUGCACCAGACAACAGAGUCCGCUCGGUUUAGCUCACGUGAGUCCACUCUACCUUGGAAUGUCACUGAUGGGCAACAUGCUUCACGGGAAGACUAGUGGUAAAGACUCGUUCUCAACCGAAAUGCCAUCUUACAUACGUUCGCAACAGCGAGAGAGGGAGAAACUCCACUGUACAUUGUUGAACGCCUCAAAGCAGGGAGAUAGGAUUGUGAAAACUCCUCACCGCUAUAGCGCUGACGAUUACCCUCCAGCUAGAAGAAGCACCCCAAGGAAGCGAAAGAACCAUGAUGGAAAUCCGCGUUCCAAAAUAAAGAAUGAUGGUCAAGCUGCUCAUGUACUCAUGAGAACCGCUCACCAUCAGCGCGAAACACCUUCACUAAACGAAGAAGAGACGAACAGAUCAUUCUUAAGUGAUGUUGAUGUUCCUACUUCGCCAAUGGGGAUGCGAGAAUCUGCUCAGCACGAAACCUCAUCAACUCCUGUGAAUCGUCGGGGUCCCGGUAUCGAUGUCCUUAUACGAACUCAAAACGAUGCAACAACAGAUGCACGUGCUCGAGUUGGGUCCACCCCAUCACCACCAUCGGACGUUGGUAUGCCUGGAGGUGCAGCUCAGUGGACUCCCGAAAGCUGUCACCUGGAUGAGAAUGGCAAUGUCAACCCAUUUGUGCUACCUACACCACCGCUUGGUACUCCGCAGCCCGCCAACCUUCUGCAUGAUCCCACUCGGAACCCUGUGUGGACACCGUACAGGCCACAGGCUGCUGCUUUGACAGACAAUGCAAUGAUGAAUUUCUAUACUCAGCAAGCAGUGAGUGCCCUCAUCACUUCUAACAUGAUUGCUCAAAAUAUGCAGCAGCAACAGUAUGGACAACUUCCGUUUUUGAACUGGAAUGCGAUUCCUGCUUAUAAUAUGACUCAACCACUUUUAAAUGGUCAUGUGGCAGAUUGCGAUGCCUGUGUGAAAAGAACGGUGGAGGUGUUUGCCGACCACUUCGUAAAUGCCUUUGUUACAGCUGUUGCAAACAAAUUCCCCACUGGCACUGUACAGCAUACGUGCCAGCGCCACCUCACUGACGGAGGAGUUGCGGCUUCUCGAUCGGAUAGCUCGGCUACUAUCCCAGCGUACUCUAACACCAAUCACGAUAAUGCAAAUACAACUGCAGUGCCGAAUAAUAUUCCGAAGCCUAAGGCUCAGCCAGCUUUCAGACCGACUUAUCUUGUUUUUGCUAAGCACCACAUAGAUUAUAUCAGAGAAUACUGA